AUGACUUGUCGCCAAGUCAUUGCGCUCUGGUCGCUGUUAGCUACAGCUUCCCUGUCACAAUUCGUCCCAGCACCAACUGACCUCAAAACAACAUCAGGAAACAAUUACACGGUCCGCUACAAGCAAGUACCGGAUGGCAUCUGCGAGACCACGCCAGGUGUCAAGUCGUCCGAAAGCUACUCUGGCUACGUGGACGUUGAUGUGAACCAACACCUAUUCUUUUGGUUCUUCGAAGCCCGCAACGUGGAUCCCCAAAACGCUCCUGUGACACUCUGGCUCAACGGCGGGCCGGGAGAUCCCUCGCUUGUUGGCCUCUUCUCUGACAAUGGCCCGUGUUGGAUCGACUAUGACCAGAAUGUCCAGUACAACAAAUACUCCUGGAACAACGUCAGCAGUAUACUCUACAUCGACCAGCCCACCCAGGUCGGCUUGUCUUACUCCGUACCAGUCAAUAGCUACAUGGACCCUGAUACUGGAGACAUUGUAACUGUGCCGAACAGUAGCUGCCCGGAUUAUGCUCCUGACGGCUCAUGCGGGACCUUCUCGAACGGCAACGUUAGCUUGACUGCCAACUCGACUCCCAACGCUGCACCCAGUGUGUGGAAAGCUUUGCAAGGGCUCAUGGGUGCUUUCCCGCAAUAUGCUCGUAAUGGUGUCCACCUUUCCACGGAAAGCUAUGGAGGCCACUACGGACCAAUCUUCGCCGAGUACAUUGAACAACAGAACGCCGCCGGCCAUGGCCAAAAGAUCAACCUCCAGUCGCUCUCCGUCGGCAACGGAUGGUACGAUCCGCGUAUACAGUACCCAGCCUACUAUAACUACACCGUCUCGCCGGGAAAUACAUACGAUUUCCAGCCUUACAAUGACACAGUGUCUGCUCAAGUCUACAACGCCUUUUACGGGAAAGGCAACUGCCUGGAUCAACUCAACGACUGUAAUGCACGAGGUAUAGACGAUGUCUGCAGCGCAGCCGAUAACUUCUGCUAUAACGUGGAAGCCAUCUACGAUACUGUGACGGGGCGAGACGAAUAUGAUAUCCGCGAGCUGUCGCCGGAUCCUUUUCCCUACACGAAUUUCGUGGCGUAUCUCAAUACUGAGAAGGUGCAGAAGGCCAUAGGUGCCUACACGAACUUUACUUACGCCGUCACGAACCUUGGUGCUGGUACGACGGCUACUGCUUUUGGGACGACGGGUGAUGAUGCCCGUGAGCUGGGCAUUGUUGCUGCGAACCAGAAGCUGCUGAAGCAAGGUGUUUCUAUUCUUCAAUACGCUGGUAAGGGAGUCAUGAGUGAUGCGGAUUACAACUGCAACUGGCUAGGCGGCGAAGCUGUCGCUGCUGAGAUCAGCGCUCCUGGCUGGAAGAACGCCGGAUAUCAGAACCUUACCACAUCCGACGGGACCGUACAUGGUGUCGUCAAACAAGCCGGCAACUUCUCCUUCGUGCGGGUCUACGAUGCCGGACACUCUGUUCCUUUCUAUAAACCUGCCGUAGCACUGGAUAUGUUCAGCCGCAUGUUGGCUAAUACUGAUAUUGCGACUGGGAAGCAGAAAGUCACGGCUCGGUAUUUGAGUCAUGGGCCGGCGAAGAGCACUUAUCAUAAUGGUAAUGCGACUAUUCAGGUGGAUGUGGUGGAUCCUAGCUGUACCUACGAUACGAAGACCAAUGUACCGGACUGUCCGGGCAAUGGGACUGCAUCCAGUCGUCGACGGGCAUGA